UUACGUUCGUUCUAUUACGAAUUAUGAUACGGUUCAACACCUUUCCGGAAGAUGACACCAUCAUCCUCACCCGGUAUUGAACCCAUAUCUCCUCCUCCAACUGCUUUAUCAUCUUCUUCACGACAGAACUACAAUAUACCCCGGAGAAAUCCACUUCCCAAUCCAUCAACAGGCAAACAACUCCCAAAGCUCUAUCGGGAGCAGUCGAAAAGCGGACGGCUGAAAGACAAAAAGCAGCAAAGCAGAAAGGAAGAAAAUCUUAAAAAGCGGAAAGCAGAAUUUUUCAGCAACCGAAGGGAGAAGAAACCAAGAAGUGAAGGCAUCGACGGGAAUGUUGAAGAGGCUGAGAGCAGCGAGCAGGAAGUGGAGCCGAGGGCAAGGGUCACGGAAAGGAUGCUGAAGACGCUUGGUAGACAAGGGAAUCCUAUAACAAACUCAGACAUGCCCAGUCGAACCGAUCAUGUGGUUUCUUGUACCACUGGACACCAAAGGGGCGAGCAGAGAGGGCAAAAUGUCACAUGGACUUAUGCUCAAGUACGAACCGACCAACUUCAAAAACAAGCUAGAGAAAAGAAAACAGGUAUUUUCAAGGGCUGUUUGUUUUAUUUCAAUGGUUCAACCGGUCCGAAACUGUCCAAUAUACAGCUUCGCAAUUUGAUUUCAGAGAAUGGAGGUCGUUUCACUACUAUCCAGACGUCUGCAUGUACCCAUGUAAUAGCCAACAAUGGCCUAUCAGGGGGAAAAACACAAAAACACCUUGAUAUGCAAGGUGGAAGAGGCUCAGCGAGGCAGGUCAAAGUAGUUAAAAUAGAGUGGAUACUGGAUUCUGUAAAGAAAGGGGUGAAGCUUUCUGAAGCUGGCUAUGGGGUGGUAGAGAAUCCUUUGCAGCCGACGCUCUUCUCAACUUUAGGAUUAAAGCCCAAGUCUUUUCUGUCAAAUUCAUAGCAACUCGCUUCAGUCAUUCCAGCAGCCUGCUAAGCCUUCCUAUAUUGUGUAUCAAGCCAUGUGAUACGGCUAUGCCAUGCAAAGCAAUACCUUCCAACAAGCUUUGUCAGAUCAAGGAUGGUAAACAUACAUGCAAAUGGAUCCCCUGGCCCUUCAACCCAAAACUACAUAGCGCACAGCGCUUAGUCAUCCUCGUCCUCAGACUCUUCUUGCACUUUCCUCCUCUUCCCUGCCCUAUCUUCAGGUUCUUUCCGUCUGUCAUCCUCUUCCUCAUCCUUAUCAUUGAAGUUAUACUCCUGCUCUUCGUCGUCUUCUUCAGCUCCUUCAGGGUCAUAUCCAGCUCCUCCUGCCUGGCCAUGAGUAAGAGGAUCAGGGCCUCGGGGCGCACUACAGUUUGUAAGGCUGUUGUUGUCGAACCUCCUCACAUGCGUCGACCCAACUGACAACUUGUUAAGAAUUUUCAUAUACAAAUCGGACGUCAUUCAACUUACUCGCAGUAAACAUCAACGGCUGCUGAAAGGUCUGUUAUGUUUACGGGUGUACUAUAUUUCUGUCCGCAAACUUUACAAUGCAAGUGACCGAACAUGGUGGCUUUGUCACUGGGAAUCGGACAAUCCAGUUAGGGAUGCCCAUAGUCGAAUGCCCGAAAUUUAC